AUGACAAAUCCAUUUUAUCUUAUAAACAGUUCCUACCAAAUGAAACCUGAGAAAACAAACUGUAAUAUGGAAAGGUUAUCCGAUACGCUAGAUUCAGAACCAAAUAUCACAGAUGGAGGUGGAGGAGAUUAUAAUUUCUCAGAAGAUCGCGAGACCCCACCUGAAGAUUUCCGAGUGAUGAACGUUGUUCCAUGUAUGGACGAUAUUAGGGAUGGUGUAGCACCAAUUCUUUGUCCUGCGCGGAUGAAGGGUGCCUAUGACGACACAUUCCAGUAUUUAGAUAUUCAGUUCAGGUUGAUGAGAGAAGAUUUUCUCAUUCCAUUUCGUGAAGGAAUAUCUAAACUAAGAAAAUUUGGAACCAACAGACAAUGGAAAACAACAGAACUAAAUCUUAGAUUAUACCACAAUGUCCAGAUUGUGAGCUGGAAUUUAAAGGACCACCUAGCGCAUUUGAUUCUAUUAGACGAAAAGCAAACAGAAAAAAUCAAUUGGGCCGUCUCAAAAAGACUCAUACAAGGCUCUCUUGUGUGUUUGUCGAGGGAUAGUUUUCAAACAAUGGUUUUUGCGACCAUUGAUUUCUGUGAGACAUAUAAUAAAGAACAUGGUUUUAUACCAUUUGUUGUAAAAAGUGGAUAUGAUGUUAUUUAUAGCGGUCAUCCAGAUGAUGAGUAUGUGAUGGCUGAAUCUACAACUCUAUUCGAACCUUAUCUUCAUGUAAUGCAGGGGCUACAGGCAAGCUAUACAAAUCUUCCACUAAGAGAAUAUAUCCUCAAGUGUAGGACUGUCUUAAAACCGCCGAGGUAUUUGUUAAAUCAUUACAAAAGUCGCACCGUAUCAAAAUACAAUUUAUCUUGUUUGAUGAAAAGUUGCGAGGAUUGGAAAUGUCCAGUACUGACGACAACAAAAUGGCCGCCAUGUGAGAGCAUGUGUUUAAACAAGUCACAAAGAGAAGCCGCCAUCUUAGCCCUGACAAAAGAAAUGGUGCUCAUUCAAGGUCCUCCAGGGACAGGAAAAACGUAUGUAGGUCUCAAGGUCAUGGAGGCCAUCAUGAAAAACUUGGAUGUUGUGUUCGGCACUGGGCCAGCCACUCCAAUCUUGAUUGUCUGUUACACGAACCACGCCUUAGAUCAGUUCCUGGAAGGGAUUUUAAAGUUCUGUGACGACGGUAUAGUUAGGGUUGGCGGGGGAAGUAAAUGUGAAAAACUUAAAAAAUUCAAUCUGAAAGAAUUAAAAAAACAAGCAUGGGGAAAAAAAUGUGAUCAAUAUUCAUUUAACUAUCAAGAAUAUUAUUCAGAGAAAAAUUCUCUAAAGCAAACACUGCAAUCGUUAAGUAAAAAUUUAGACUCCUUAAAAUACAGAAUCGUCUACGAAGGCGUAAUGAGGAAAUUUAUGGAUGAGAACCAUUAUAGGUCCCUGUGUAAUGACUGUAAAUUUACCGACGACACAAAAUCAAGAAUGGUACAAUGGUUAAAGGCACCUGACGGUCUUCCAGAUGUUAACGUACGUAAAAUAUUGGAAGAUCUUCUGACAAAGUUGGUACUAAGAUGGGAUACAGAACUGCCUUCUCUUAGGGUGUCUUCACACAGUGAAAUACAACAGAGAGCCAGCCUCUACCGGACAGUCGUGUCACGGUAUGAAGAGAAAUUACAAGCUCAGAUUGAAUGCAGCAAUGGCCAGCAAAAAGUGGCAUUGAAAGAAAAACUUGAUUUAUUAAGAUUCAGAUUUGUCGAAGACAAAGUGUUUAAAACGUAUCUGCCCAAAUCUGAAUUUAAAAGAAUUAAAAAAUAUUAUUCAAAAAAAGAACGUUCUGAUAAAGAUACGAUGGUUAAAGUUUGGGUGUUAGGACUAAACAACAAUACGGACGAUCUGUUACAUGAUCUAACAACACUAACUCAAGCUUCGAACAUCCAACAUUCAACAGCUGACAAUAAUGGUGUCGCGAAUCUUGAAUUAUCCAACCCGAUGUUAGACGAAGAAGAUGAAAGUUAUUUUAGAAAUAACUACAGUUUAGAAAUAUACGCAAUACAAGAACUAGAAGAAGAGUACAGAGCAAUAUUAAAUGAAAUUGAGAGAGACAAAAAAAUAUCCGAGCGUAGAUUGAAUAUUAAAGAAUUCAUUGAAAAUCUUUCGACGCCGCCUUUGACUGAAGAUCAAGCAAGGGAGAUAAGAGAUGUAUCACGUUUAGACAUACGUAAAAGAUUUGCCUUAUAUAACAUGUGGUGUCAGGGUUACAGAAGAGAGCUGUUGAAUGAACUUCAACAGACCACAAAGAAUUUUGAAAACUUGAAAAUGAAUAAAGACAGAGAAUCAAAAAGACAAACGGUUUGUCUUUUAAAAGAGGCAAAAGUAAUCGGGAUGACAACAACAGGAGCAGCAAAACAUCGAGACGUUCUCCAUGCUGUAGGCUCUAAAAUUGUAGUCGUCGAGGAAGCGGCCGAGGUAUUUGAGUCCCAUAUAAUCACAGCACUGAAUCCACAAUGCAACCAUCUGAUCCUGAUUGGUGACCACCAACAGCUGAGGCCGAAACCAAACGUCUACGAGCUGGCCAGACACUACGGUCUAGAGGUUUCCUUGUUUGAGAGACUCAUCAAGAACAACGUCCCACAUGUUGUGCUUAAGGUACAGCACAGAAUGCGGCCUGAGAUAUCAAAACUUAUGCGUCACAUUUACCCUGAGCUGGAAGAUGAUGACUCAGUGUUGGAAUAUGAGCAUAUCAGGGGGGUUGAAAAAGAUGUUUAUUUCAUCAAUCACACUGUUAGGGAAACCCAAGUUAAUGACAGCUGUAGCAAACAAAAUUUGCAUGAAGCUAAAUACAUUGUUGCGCUAUGUAUAUAUCUUCUAAAUCAAGGCUAUAGCCCAAAAUCUAUUACAAUUCUUACGGCGUACACCGGGCAAGUGUUAGCUAUAAAGAACAAUGCAGCAUCCCAGUAUCUUGAUAAAGAAGUUAGAGUUGCUGCAGUUGAUGACUUUCAAGGAGAAGAAAACGAUAUCAUUCUACUUUCUCUUGUGAGAAGUAAUGAAAAGAAAAACGUUGGGUUCCUGAAGAUUGACAACAGAAUAUGUGUGGCUUUGUCUCGAGCAAAGAAAGGCUUCUACGUGAUAGGAAACUUUAACAUUUUAUGUGCUCAGAGUUCACUUUGGUCGAGAAUUGUGGAAGACGCAAAAAGCCAAAACAUGUUGGGUGAAGGUCUUCCUGUAUGUUGUCACAAUCACCCGGAAAACAGAGUGGACAUAAAAUCAGCAGAAGAGUUUAAGAAACGCCCGGAAGGUGGGUGUGGCAUGAGGUGUGAUAAGCCACCAGAGUGUGGUCACACAUGUGAACUGCUUUGCCACGGAUACGACCUACAACACAAACGAUGUAACAAGCCUUGUAAAAGAACCUGCAGUGAAGGCCACCCGUGUAAGAAAAUCUGUUCUAUGGAGUGCAGAUGCGAGGUUCUAGUUGUAAGAUCUCUGCCUUGUGGACAUGAGACACGCAUGGCAUGUAGCCAAAAACCAGAAGAAAUAUUUUGUCUAAGUCAAUGUUCUACUGUUCUAGAAUGUUCUCAUCAAUGUUCUGGAAAAUGCGGGCGUUGUUUAAAAUCUAAAGAACACAAACAAUGUAAAGUUCUUGUAAGCCAUACAUUUUCCUGUGGUGAUGUAGCUGAGAUGCCAUGUUACAAAACCAAGUCAGACCCAGCAUGCCAGAGAGUGUGUGGAACUAUUUUAGACUGCAAGCACAGUUGUACUGGAACAUGUUCUACUUGUACGACUGACAAACAUGUCGUCUGUUCUGUUCAGGUCAGUCACACCUGGCCGUGUGGUCACGUGUGUGUCGUACCUUGUCAUGUAAGUCGCUCUGAUCCGCCAUGUCAACAGGUAUGUAAUGUUUCACUACCAUGUAGUCACAGGUGUCGAAACAUUUGCUCGGACUGUGCUAAAAAUGGUCACAAUUUAUGUAUGGAAACAUGCAAGAAAGUUUUAAAAUGUGAUCACAUCUGUAAAAGUAGAUGCAGCAGUUGUCUUAAUGGAUCUCAUCAGUUAUGUGAAGAGAUUUGUGGUCAAGAAUUGACAUGUGGACAUAAAUGUCAGGAUAAAUGUGGGAUUUGUUCCCAGAGCUCCCACCCAACAUGUUUACAAGAAUGUCAGGAUAAAUUACCUUGUGGACACAAGUGUAGGGGAAAAUGUGGAGUUUGUUCCCAAAACUCCCACCCAACAUGUUUACAAGAAUGUCAGGAUAAAUUACCUUGUGGACACAAGUGUAGUGGAAAAUGUUCGGAGUGUAAGCGGAGAGAACGACAUCAAGAAUGUCAAGAGACGUGUACCAAAACACUGCUAUGUGGACAUGCGUGUACAGGUCAAUGUGGACAACCUUGUCCAACCUGUCAAAAUCCAUGUCCGAAUUCUUGUAAGCACAGAUCCUGUAGGAACAAGAAAUAUGCGCACAAAUGUGGCGAACCUUGUCAGCCUUGCGAGAACACAGCUGUGGUGAAAUGUCAACACACCAAGAUGAGAAAAACGUGCAGCGAGGUGUGGACAAAGAAGCCUUGUCAACAGCAAUGUACCAAAACAUUAAAUUUUUACAUUACGAAAAAUGUCAAACCAUACACAUGUCGUCACGAAUGUUCUGGAAUCUGCAACGAGCCCUGCGUUUGUGCCAUCUGUGAGAGCGUGUGUUCCAUCGAUCAGAAAAUCUUAUCGACACAAGAAGUUGCAGAACGAGAGGAUUUGACAACAACAAGGCGACUUUUGAUAAAGCUUCAGUUUUGUUCUCAUAUAUUUUAUGUGGAUGAACUGGAUAAAUACAUGAAAUCUUUCGACCCAAAUGGUACAGAAUAUAUUGGUUGUCCUGAAUGUUCAUAUCCCAUUAUGAACUGUUUGAGGUAUGACAACAUUUUAAAGGAGCGGCAUGUAAGAAGAGAAACAAGGAAACAACUUUCUGGUGCUGCAUCUCAUCUUGUGGAGGUAAAAAGAGAAACAAGACGGAAGCCCAAACAGAAACUGAUGAAACCACAUCGUAGAUUAAAUGAUCUGGAUGAGCAACAAAGCUUUCAUCACAACAGACAUAGCCCACACCCUUCAAUCGUGCGUACUCAACGGUAUGAUUCCAGAAAGAUGUUCAAAUCUACCUCGAUGAUAUUACACCCUACAACGAGGUUUGAGAAUGUCACCUCUAGAGGAAACACAUUUGACAGACAACCUAGAUACCAAUCUGGCAAGCAACACGCGUACAUGAAUGAUGGUCAUAGUUCUGGAUACUCCGGAACUUUUACUGCAAAUAGAAGUUCGGUAAACUCCACUGAGGACUGUAGUAGGAGAUCAAUGGAACGGGACUUCAGUAGAAGGCAUCGAGGCUUAAGUGAAACAUCUUCACCAAGAGCUAAACAACACCAUCGUAACUCAGAAUCUUUAGCUGAACGUCAGACACUCUCUGAACAAAGAGACGAUACAAGUUCUGCUAGAUUUUAUUUCGAAGAUUUGACCCAAGAGCCAAACAAACGUGAAGCCUUGAGGCGCAAGAACCACUCCUACUGGAACCGUAAAUACUAACAUUUAUGAUGGCCGGAAUUUUUAAAAAUAGGUAUUCAUCACACAGCAGGGCAAAUAUAAUUUGCUAACAUUUAGGAGGGCGGUAGGGGAUAAAAACUGUCAACCAUUAAAAAACAACUAGGCUAUAUGUUUUAAAAUGGCAAUUUAAACAUUGGUUAAAAAACAUUCUGUAAGAAUGUAUUUAUUUAAAUGAAUUUUUAUUAUUUUACACUUGUACAAUAGUUUUAAUAAUUUUUUUUCAAUUUUAAUAUUUUGAUUCUUCUAAAUAAUUCAGUUGGUUUGUGUGAAUAUUUUAAGCAUUAUUCACUCUUCGCGUUUCAUAAUACAAUGAAGCAGGAGUGAAUAUUUAGUUAUGUAUGUAUUGUGAAUGCAUUUUUAAUAUUUAUAACUUGAUUAUUACAUAUAAAUAAUAUGUUUAAAAUGAUUUUCAUUAAAUGUUUAGAUAACACGAGGUGACCCGCGGCGUAGCAUACGCCUCUAUUUAGUUGUUUUAUUUUCCAUUUAUUUUUAAGUAAUUCAUAAUUUAAUUUUGUAAAUUCGACACUACCAAUGCUGCAACUGAAAAUAUUCAGCUUUAAAGCACUAUCAGUAGAUUUGAAGGACGAUUAUUCUCCCUUUCCCCUCUCCCGCAUUCUCCACCCCGGUGAAAGCAGCCGUCCAUGACGACAGUUUACAAACUACAAUGAAAAGAU